UUCGUUUCAUUUCAUCCCCACACGCUUUAUCCGAUCUUCGCUGCUCGUUCAAAAAUCGCCGUGUUUUCUUCAUCUAGUAUCCUUUCUUGUCAAUUCUUCUGUGUAUCUUUUUCCCCCACAUUGUGUUCUUCUUUACCUUUUUAUCAAGCCCUCACACAAGUUACUGUACCUGGUUGUCGCUCUGUUGUGAAGAUCAACCUCGUUUGUUUACUUCGUUUCUUUUCUUUCUUCUUCAGUCUUGCACUGUCUGUGCUAGAAGGCGUUGUACGUUGUUUCUUUUUAGGUUAGUCGUGGUUCGGCUACUUCCAAUAGUCCAAUACGCGUGUGACUGUGAUGCACUUUGCACUUAUAUGUUAGCCGGUGAAACAAAGUUAUCUAGCAGUGAUAAUAUAAGUUUUGUAGAAAUUGUUGUGGCGAUAAGUCAGUAAAUAUUACUAUAGAAGUUUACUAAAUCAGUGAAAACGUUUGUACUCGUGGACUUUUGCAAGCAUGGAAUUGAUAUGUCAACUGAAUAUAAUUUGAUGAACACAUUUAAACUAAUCGAUCUACACUUUUGGGAUUACUAAGUUAACUUGGAACAUUUCUGAAAAUUGUUUGAAAAUCUGCAGAACAUAAGGGAUGAAUCAGGAUGUUUUAUUAUCAUGAAAAAAUUUCCUUCUCCGCCAUCGCAUCAGCCAGCUACACCCAGGGCUGCUGUGACAAUCGGCGAGGUGUGCGUGCGUCUGAGCCUGUGUCCGGAGGGCGGUGGCCGGGAGCGUGGUGGCGGGCAGGGUGGUGGGGGCUGUUGCGGGGUGACGUGGCCCCCCACCAGCCGCAUCCCGGUGCCCAGUGCGGCUAAUAAUAGCGGCGGCGCAGUCUACCGCAGUUCGUUGCAAUGGACGCGGGCGGCCGCUGCAGUCGCGUCGGGAUGUUUCGGACGGGAUGGGCGCCAAAGUGCGGCCAGUGGCUCAUCCUCUUCUGACUCGCAACCUCUCAGCCAAGCGCUGGACCGUCUGCACAGGUUCCGGUGGACGGGCGCGGGCGCUCCACAGGGGCAGGCCACGUCGUCCGCCCCGCGUGCCCCCAAACGCUCCAACAAGAAGAAAGCGCGCACCUCUGACAAGUCUGAGCACCUCAAACAGCUCACCGAACGCCUCAAAGCACCGUCUUCAUCAUCCUCAUCAACAUCAAUACCACCACCACCACUACCACAACAACAAAACGUACCUGAGCUACCCCUACCAACACCACCCACCCCACCACCCCUCCCCCCUGAAGACGAUGUGUUUGAGCUGAAAAAACUGCCGAAACCAAAAUCACGCACAAUUGUCGGCUCAUACAUCCAGAGAACCAUCCCCUUCCGAAGUGCAUCCUUCUCGCAGGUCGACUACUCACCAGCUGACGGCAAGUAUAUUCGUAGCACUAGCAACACUGGCUUACACACUAGUGGAGGACGAAGUAGCAAUGUCUCACCUUCAUCUACCACCCACCACACCCUACCCAAGAAGAAAGUGUUGUCGGACUGUUCGUCUCCCUCUUCAUCAUCAGCCACAGUCAGCCCAUCUAGUUCAACGACAGUUUGCAGUCAAACCGGAGUCAAAGUGUUGUUGGUGGGCUCAUCCCCCUCUGUAGACUCAGCAGUAGGAUCCGAAGAGUGGCUCUUUUCCCCCUCUACACCGCUAUCAUCCCUAGACAACACUCAUACUGUGCAAACACAACAAAAAUCUCAAAACUCCUCACGAUCUUUGACUCAUCCAUUACCUGCUCGCUGUGCUUCACAGGAUGAGGAUAUCCCGUUUCGUUCAAUUGAUGGAAAUGGCUUGAAAGGGUUGGUGGUGGUCAGUGACCGCGGUUGUCGGCCCCUGGAGGGUGUCAGAGAGGAGAGUGAUACGGAUAGUGCAGCGGCGACAAGCGAGUGUGACAUUGAAAAGUGCUGUGUCAGUGUUCAAACGCUAGCUGAUAAUGAUAAACGAGACACUUCUAUUGAAAACAAUGACCCUAUUUCUGAACAAAGUGAUCAUACAAUUCGUGAAAAUGAUCAGCCACAAUUAGAUGAAGAAGAAACACUUGUUAGAAAAGAUAGGAUAGAUGUUAAAGUGCAAACUCCAUCCAAAGAGGAUGAAAUUGAGGUUGGUGUUUCACUCAAGUACUCACAAGUAGAAGAUAAAGAGUCAUCUGUUGUUGAGGAAGAAACGUAUGUAGCUAAGUGGCCUGAGGAUGAGAAAAACUGUAUCAACUCAGAUGAUAGUGUCAAACAUGAAGACUGUUUGAAUUCAGUGUGUGACGAGUGUGAGAAUAAGAACAAUGAUUCAAAUAAGGAAAAAUGUGUAGAUGAUGAUGUGAAAAUAAUACACACAGAAAUCAAUCAGCUGAAAGAAGUUGAACUACCAGCUUCAGUUUUAGUUGAUGAUAGAAAGAUUUGUAAUAAUAUAGUGAAAGUGAAGUUGGGUUCUAGUGAAAAACCUCAACGAUGGUCAGAUGAGGGUCCACCCCGUGAUUGGUCCGGUAUAUGCAGCCCACAAGAACCACAGAGUCCUGAGGAUCAAGGACACCGACCAACAUGGCCACCUGGAGGUCCAAAAUGGCUGACUUGUCAGAGUUCUGAGGAAAGAGAUGAUGGGUCUCCCCAGAGGAGAAGUUUCUCACUGCUAGCAAGAGCUGACUCUCUAUCAGAGGGAGAGAGCGAUCCGAGUACAACACCGGGCAGAGACACUGCGUCACCAUCUCCAUCCUUGUUCCCUCCUUCAGAUCAGUCAGAUUGUGAGGGUAGACCACAUACACCGAGGCGAUACUCCAAGAGGCCCCUCAGAGGUCCCUAUGGUCAAAUGCUUGAAGCUGAGAUGAAGAAACCUGAAACUAGUCGCAAGUUUUCCAAACUACAAAAAGAGGAGCUGAAAUUUUUGGAGGAGUACGUUCAACCGAAUCGGUUAGCCGCUGCUCGGAGUCAGGAUGACUGUCAGUUGAAGUUGAGUUACACAACUCCAGAUCAAACAACAGUCGGCCACCAAGCAUUGAGAACCUCUCCAAAGAGGAAAGUCAGUGCCAAUAUUCCUUACUCGGUUCCGGAGCCUCCUGCUUCGGCUCCAUGUGAUGCGCUGCCUCCGGUUUUCCAUCAGAGAACAACUUCUAGUCCGUCGCAGUUGGAAGGAUGCUCUGCCAAAGCUGGGCAGCCGACCCCCUCCCCUCAGCUGCUCGCUCACCUACUCAAGGGCUCCUCGGAACGCUUCUCCAGUGCCAAUUCCAACGCGCAUGCACCUCUUCCCGAUGUCAACCACUUUCUCACGCCUCAACAUCGAAAGGAUUUAAGGACACACGUGGUGUUGGAACUUUUCGAGACAGAAAGGUCCUAUGUGGAGUCACUGCAAAUUCUAGUCAAUAAAUAUUUGCAGCCUCUGAAAAGUCCAGAAAACGCUGGACUGGUAGAAGCAGCUUUGGUAGAUGAAAUAUUUUAUCAGGUGCCAGCCAUAUUGCAGCACCAUGAAUUGUUCCUUGAAGAGUUAAGGAUGCGGCUUGAACAUUGGGAUACCAAGCAACGAGUGGGAGAUAUUUUUCUUGAAACGUUUACAAAGCAAUCUGUGAUAGAUACUUAUACUGCAUUCAUAAAUAAUUGGAAGACUGCUAAUGAAGCCAUCAAGACGACGAGUCAGGCCAAACCGGCGUUCGCUAGGUUCUUGGAGGCUAUGGCUCGAGAGCACAAAGGAAAGCUAGCUCUUGAUUCUCUCCUCAUAAUGCCUGUCCAAAGGGUUCCACGAUAUGAGCUUCUCAUACAGUCGCUGCUGAAGCACACCGAAGUAGGCCACCCGGACUACUGUGUACUGCAGGACGCCCGCAAGGAGGUGCAUACCUUGGCAGUGAGGAUCAACUGCACAGAGCGCGAGAGUCUGGCCUUGGAGCAGCUGGAGUCGGUGAUCGAGGGCGCCGGACCGCUCAGCUGCUCCGAACGCACCUUCGUCCGAAACGACCUUGUCACCAUGGUGACGUCACAGGGUCGCAAGGAGCGCAUGCUCUUCCUCUUCUCCGACAUGCUUCUCAUCACCAGCAUUAAGCGGCGUAGUGGUACUAUACGCAAGCCUUCCGCAACUUGCCCGGGUAGCUUAGCGAGCAUUUUGGAAGCAAACAAAUACAAAGUUCUCCUAAAACUUAGUUUAGAUGACCUAGAAAUAGUAAAAGCAAAAGACGAGAACGUGAGGCGGCUGCUGAAAGAGAUGGAACACCUAUUGGAGGAUGUUCAGACCGUGAACCAGAUGAGUGAGCUGAUGGCAGGCCUGCACUGUGCGCAUGCGCAGCUGGACGAAGCGCUGAGAGAGCUCUCUGCCGGACUCGGCAAGCAACUAGCCGAGCGCCAGAGUGCAGACUCACAGCUAUCCUUCCUAGAGAUUAUCUUCCAGUCAGAUUCUGGCGUAGAAAAUAUUUCUUUAGUAUUUUCUAAACCCGAUAUAAGAAGUAGUUGGGAGGAAUCUGUAAAUGAAGCUAAGCAGCGAUUAGCGGCUGUUUCAGUGGUGCGACGCCGGCCGACGGCCGAGUUCUGGAUGCCUGUGCCGAUUCGCAAGACGCGCGCAGGCCUGCAGUUCACAUGUGCCGUGCCCACUCUGGGUGGUGCGCAUGCGCAGGACGUGUGGGUGUGCAACAGUGACGGCUAUGUGGGCCAGGUGUGUGUUCUCUCUCUGCAUCCCGAGCCGACCGUCACCUCCUGUAAUGGCGUCUGCAACGCUAGGAUACUCUGUAUCGCCGCUGUGCCUGGCAAUGCUCAACCAAGUCCUAAACAAUCAAAUAACGACAUUAGCAGUAGAAUGUCUGGGAUCAGUAUAUCAGUGGAGGAUACAGAUAACACAGACGACAAUAACACUCGCUUGGAUAGUAGCAGCUCGUCGAGCGAUGGUGAAGGGGGGGCUGAUGAGGGGGGAUGUGGUGGGGAGGGCGGAGGAGGAGGAGAGGAGGGGGAGGAGGCCGAGCCCACCAUGUGGCUGGGAACUGAGGAUGGCAGCAUCCACGUCUACAACUGCAGCGACAACAUUCGCAUCAAGAAGAACAAAGUCAAGAUACAGCAUCGCAGCGCUGUGCACUCCAUCAUAUAUCUUGAUAACAGAGUAUUUGUUUCAUUGGCCAAUGGGGACAUAACAGUUUAUUCCAGAGAUCAAGGCAGUAGUUGGAACACUAACGAUCCACAGACUAUAUCUGUGGGUACUGCAUCCACACCUGUUACGAGAAUGGUGCCAAUCAAUGGCAGAUUAUGGUGUUCCUGCCACAGCACGAUAAAAGUCUUAAACACUAAUUCAUUACAAAUCGAACACUGUUUGACGGCAUGCGGAUCGCUGAACAGUGGCGGCAUGGGUGGUGGGGAUGGAUCGCGCAGUGUGAGCUGCUUGGCCGUGUCCGGGUUGGGUGUCUGGAUAUCGCUGCACAACUCGGCUACUCUUCGCCUCUUCCACACCGUCACCUUCGAGUGUCUCGCCGAGGUCAAUGUGGCGUCAGCUGUUACCAAAAUGCUAGCUAGUUGUGACGACAUAAUUCGGCAGCACAAGGCGGCUUGCCUGCGAGUGACGUCACUGCUGGCGUGCCGAGACCUGCUGUGGGUGGGAACCAGUGCAGGGGUCAUCCUCACAAUGCCACUGCCGCAUGUAUCAUCCACUGCCACCAAAGUGUCUACCUCUCUCAGUGUUGCCGGUGUUCCCCAUGGUCACACGGGACACGUCAGAUUCCUGACAGUUGUUGAGCCGCCUCCGAACUGUCAAACUAGUCAAUCGACGAAAUCGGAUGGUGUAUCAGGCUCGAGUAAUAGCAGCAAGAAAUUGUUGGUAAUAUCGGGAGGGGACGGCUACGAGGACUUCAGGUCGGCGAGUAUGUCAGACGCCGGCCGUGAGGACUCCACAAAUCACCUGCUUCUCUGGCAAGUGUAAUCUAAUCAAUGUUCUCAAGCUCAACUUUACUUCAUCACCCGAUCUCUAUAGUUUUCUAACAGAUGACUUAUUCAAUUCAAUUUUAAAUAUGGAAAACAGGUUACAUUAUGAAAAAAGUGGAAAAAUAGAAAAUUAUCAAUAAUGUAACAUAAAACAUGGUAAAAAUGUACCAAAUACAGAAAAAAUGGUUCCAAAAAUAAUGUGAGAUAAUAUCUUGUCUUAUACAUUUAAAAUAUAACAAAUAGGUUCAAGUGUAACAGAAAUAAAAAAUAUGAUAGAGAAUGCUGGUUAGUUCUUAUGGAAUAUUUUUCAAAUACAAAAUUAAAAUUUCAUUGAUUCUGGGAGAUUGAAAUCGUAAUACGUUAUCAUUUCAUUAAGGAGAAUCCAUGAAAAGUGUAGACAUUUUAUUUUGUACUCAAUCUUUGAAUUCUUGAUGCUGUUUUCCAUGACGAAACCCUAUAAUUUAUAAUAACUCUGUUGAAGUUAAGACACUGUACUGAAUUGGAUGCGUGAUUUGAAACAAGGUUUCUUAAUUUCGACAUAUUUUGAUUCGUUUUCCUGUUAUAUUUUAAAUAAUAUAAUGCAUACAAAUUAUAAAGAUAGAGACAUCUUGUUUUGAUUUUUUGAUUUAGGUAAGUACUAACUUUAUGGCGGUAUGUAAAUCAUUUCGAUAGAACAGUUUUUGCAAUUUGACUAUUUGAUUUUCCCAAUUGGAUAGCUCUACUGCUAAUGUGUUGAUGGUUUUUUUUUUAAUCUAGCUGGGCUUUUAUCCAAAUAAAAAUUAUUUGAAAAAAGUUUUAAAGACAAGUAAUCUUUCCAAGAAUCAUAAUAUAAUACGUUUUGUUAACACUGAAGAAGUCUAUUUUUUCAAUCAAAUGAAAUCUAAUGUACUCUGGGGUUUUUAGUCAAAGCAUUUUUUCUACAAGGAGAAGAGAUUUAUUCUACUCAAGUUUGCAGUUUUGAUGUUUGAUAUAAUUCAUAUAAUUCUAUGUUAUUUCAAAGAAAUUGUUGAAUAAUUAUGAUAAUUAGGAUCAAGUUUUGCGUUUGUUAAAAUAAGUAGAUCUGCACAUCGAUGCCAUAGAGCUUUAUAAAUACGCAAACUCACAAAAUAAAUUUUGCAAUAGAGUUGAAGUAAAUUUAAUUGUUCCACUGUAAAUUUUAGACCUGGUUUCCGAGCUCGGGAUUUGGCUAAGUUCUAGACUUUAAACAGCUGGAGUCAGAAAAUUCGCUUUCCGAAACGGGGCGUAGUCGUAGUCAUUGUCAUAGUCACAUUUGAAUUAAAUUUCGAAAAACUAGAAAAUUGAACACAAAAUAAAGUAAAGAGAAAAUAAUGUAAAGUUUCAACUAUUUUUAAUUACUUAGGAAUGUUUAAUUCCGUCGAGGAAAAACGUUACCAAUAUUAUAGAGAUGAGAAAAUGAAAACUGCGAUAAAUCAUACUGUUAUAAAAACUGCGACUACGCCCCGUUUUGAAAAGCCAUUUUUCUGUCUCCAGCUGUUUAAAGUCUAGGACUUAGCUAAAUCCCGAGCUCUGAAACCAGCCCCAAGAAUGGCAAGUUUAAAAUCAGAUAGGUCUAUUUAAUUUUAAAUUCAAAUAUCUCAUUUUUCACACAUAAAAUGACAAUGCCGACAAUAAUUAAGUUGAUAUCAAAUUUGAUGGAACAUUUUGCAUUUAUUCAUUUUUUAGUACAAAACUGUAUUAUGUGAAACUUAACAAAUUUGGUUUUAUAUAUUUCAAUUUUAUUCACAACAAUGAUAAAAUCUUUAAAAAAUGUCAUAUUUAACGUAGGCCUAAUGCAGUACAAUGGUAACUUUGGUAACAAAGGUAACCUUAUACUAAAUACUGUAAGUACUUCAUGAACUAUCUUUAUCAUCAUGAUAUAUCACAGCUCUUGGGAGUAAAUCAAAAUUAUUUUCAAUUUUCUUGGAACGAUUUUUAUUUUGUUGUAAAUUAGAAGAAAGUCACAUUGCAAUAAUUACUUGUUUAGAUCUAUUUAUGGUUUACAUAAACUAUUACAAAUCCGUGCCAUUUCAUGAACUAUUGAUUUUCUAGUUCAUAGUUGAAACUUUAUUAUGAUGCUUGUUUACUUUGUAAAUUUCUGUAAAAAAAUUUCAUCACAUUACCUAGGGGUAUUAUUUCUAGAGAAUUCAACAACACGUUAUAGUGUUAUAAAAUGAAUUGCAGGAUGUACAUGACGAACAGUAGGAGUCCGUUAUUAGCUAGCUGAAUACGAUUAUUUGUAAUUAGUUAAUCUUUGAAAUGUACCUUAUGUUUGUUUUCGUGGAAAUGUAUUUUUGUACAAAUUAUAAAUGUGUGUUAGUCGUAAGAUAUUAAUAUAUUUUUUACAAUGUAACUGUGACUAUUCAUGAAUACCAUUGUGUAAAAACCGGUAAUUAUGCGAUUUAUCAACUUAGAAGUGACAUAAAAAUGUAUAUCACAUUUCUUUUUGGAAUCGAAAGUACUUGCCUUAUUUAUUGAAUCUGUUCUCAGUAUCUACUAUUAAAAAGUAAUAGUUGUAAAUUAUUGACGACGUUCAUUAUAAAAUAUGUUGUUAUAAAACUUUU